ACACACUACACAAUAGCGACACUACCACCGUGCACGGCGGCCAUCUUCUUGAUCUCUGCUUGCCGACUGGCCCAGAGGGCAGCCGCCAAUCGGACGUGUUUCUGCCCCGCGAGUGCGUGUUACACGUCCCUCACCCCCCAUUCGACCCGCACCGUUUCGUCGCCGUCGCCGCCUCAACCUCUGGCGCCUCGCUCACUCUCUCUCUCUCUCUCUUCUUCCUCCCUCCCGUCUUUCCCUUCCGUCGGAGCCACCGACGCCACGGGGCGCUUUUACCGAGCUCCCCUUCCGCAGUGGAGCGCGACACAGGCGACCGACAUCGGAGUUAUGGAGUUAUGGAGGCCGCGGAGAGAAGUACCGAUAACUCGCACAACUGCGUCUCCGCGAUCCUCUCGUGCCUCGGGCUCUCGAUCGUGUACGUGGCGAGCCUGUAUGUAUGGAGUUCGCCGCACAACAGAGAGCAUCCGUCAACAAUAAAGAAACGAUUUUUUAGCGUAUUUAUCAUGACCCUCAUUUCACCAGCACCCUUAUAUUUUGGAUUAAAUGAAAAAGUAUUUCAAAAGGUAACUAUCUGGGAAUUGCUGGGUCUACGUUGGUCUGGUUUAAUACAGGCAACUGUGAUACCGUUACUCCUAACAAUGAUCCUAUUCCUAGGUCCUUUGAGUCUACAGGGAUUUAAUGGACUGUGGCGAUUGUACACUGAGCCCAUGUACUGGUUGGGAAGCAUACGAACAUUAAUCUGGUGGAGAAAUCAAGUGAUCGCUCCAUUGUCCGAAGAAUGGACUUUCAGAGCCUGUAUGUUGCCAUUGCUCUUACAAUGUUUUACGCCGUCUACUGCCAUAUUCGUGUGUCCUCUGUUCUUCGGAGUGGCUCAUUUCCAUCAUGUGGUGGAGAGGAUGAAGAUGGGAGUGGGAAUCAAACACGCGCUGUUUGUAUCCUGUUUUCAGUCUGCAUAUACGACCUUAUUUGGAGCGUACGCGGCUUUCCUCUUUGCAAAGACAGGACACUUCGUUGCACCGUUCGCCGCGCAUUCUUUUUGUAAUCACAUGGGAUUUCCUGAUCUUUCUGAAGUAGCAGCAUAUAAGGAUCCACUGAAAAGAGCCGGGCUGCUCUGUCUGUUUGUGAUCGGUUUAGUUGCUUGGUGUUUCUUAUUGACGCCGAUGACGCAUCCAUCAUUGUUCAAUAAUAAUUUAUUCUGGACUAAACACUUUAUAUGAGACGUGUCUGAUCUCUCUAACAAAUACUAGGAUCAAAUGUUUUUAAGCAAGAUUUACAUUAUUGUGUGAUAUUUUUUACUUGUCUAACAGAGUACACAAUACUUAUCUGUUGAAAAAUCUCGCGAAUAUUAAAGUAAUUGCAUAAUAAUAAUAUUGGAUGAUUGCAUAAGUUCGUGCCCGAUUUUCAUAGAUGGCAUUAAGUUACUGCAUGGCGGAGUUCUAUUGUUUUCGUGUGGUAAUUGUUGC